UUGCACAUGCGCAGGAGAUCCUGUUCUUCUUGCCCUGCCCCUGGGGCGUUAGAAACCUCACACCAGAGCUGGCUGGCUCCCUCUGACAGUCUGGAGGAAGUUUGGGACCUUGACCCCUAGUGAGGGGCACAAGAGAACAUCAUGCAGGAUCCAAAUGAAGACACAGAAUGGAAUGAAAUUUUAAGAGAUUUUGGCAUUCUUCCUCCAAAAGAAGAACCAAAAGAUGAAAUUGAGGAGAUGGUGUUACGCCUGCAGAAGGAGGCAAUGGUUAAACCGUAUGAGAAGAUGACCCUUGCACAGUUGGAAGAAGCUGAGGACGAGUUUGAUGAGGAAGAUAUAAAAGCUAUUGAGAUAUACAGAGAAAAGCGGUUACAGGAAUGGAAAGCACUUACGAAGAAACAAAAAUUUGGGGAAUUGAGAGAAAUUUCUGGAAAUCAGUAUGUGAAUGAAGUUACAAAUGCAGAAAAAGAUUUGUGGGUUAUAAUUCAUCUAUACAGAUCAAGCAUCCCCAUGUGCUUACUGGUUAACCAGCAUCUUAGCCUCCUGGCAAGAAAGUUCCCAGAGACGAAAUUCCUUAAAGCCAUCGUGAAUAGCUGCAUUGCACACUACCAUGACAACUGCUUACCAACAAUUUUUGUUUAUAAAAAUGGUCAGAUAGAAGGCAAAUUCAUUGGAGUUAUAGAAUGUGGAGGGAUAAAUCUCAAGCUAGAAGAACUUGAAUGGAAACUAUCAGAAGUUGGCGCAAUACAGACUGACUUGGAAGAAAACCCCAAAAAAGGCAUUGCAGAUGUGAUGGUGUCUUCAAUUAGAAACGUUUCCAUUUAUGACAGUGACAGCUCCAACAGUGAUAAUGAUGCCAAAUAGAACUAGUUAAUAAAUAGCUUUAAAGUAUGUAUCAAAUGCUUUAUUUCCUAUUGACUUCAUAAUCAGAUAAAAAUGUAUGGACCUUAUUUUCAUCUUUAUGUAAGAACUAUAGCCUACAUGUCAACUGAAAAUCUUCCAGGUAUUUAAGAUUAUUGUCUCUUGCAAAUAUGAAUUUUUGCUCC